UUUAGUUGGCUUGGUUUGGUUACUUCAUUCGGUUUAGAGUUUUCGUUUUUGUCUUGUAUUUCGUACCCCCAAAAGAGCCAAAGCCGCUUUCUUUUUUAUCCAGACCCUAAACUGACUAACAAAUUUAUUUUUAACAAUAUAAUCUACCCUUUAAGAAUAAAAGUGAUCUAAAAACAAUUAAAAACCUUUCGUUUGGACCAACAUGGGAUGCACUGAGAGCAGGGAUAGUGAAGGAAACACCCGUCCCAAGUACAGGGUGUGUACCGACACUUUUUGGCUUGGUUUGUUCAUUGUCUUUUGGCUUUUUCUGAUUGUGAUAGCAAUAUUUUCGUUUGUUUAUGGCAAUCCGAUUCGUAUCAUAAAUGGAUUUGAUUCGUUCGGUAAUACAUGUGGCCUCAAACACAACGAACACUUCAAGGAGUUUCCAUUAUCAGGAAUGGACACCUCCAACAAACCCGAUUUGUUCUUUUUCGAUGUCAAGGAAUUACGUAAAUCAUUGAAAAUUUGUGUUAAUCAAUGUCCGAAGCGAAAGAUUAGCACUUCUAAUGAGCUAUACAAUUAUUACAAAGACGAAAAAACUCAAUUGUGUCGUUAUGAUUUCGACAUGACCAUUCUCAAUCAACAGAGUUUUCCAAGCAAUAAGGAUUAUUUUAAUAUUCUGGGACCAUGUCCACCGCUUCCUGUUAUGGAGAGCUCUCCAGUGCUUCAUAGAUGUGUUCCUAAAGGAAGUAUCGAUACUACAAAAGAGAUCUAUAGUCUUUUGAAUACCUGGGAUGUUGCUCAACAGUUCCUUGGUGAUAUAUACUCAACAUGGCACUACAUAGCCAUGUUGUGUGGCUUUGCACUGCUUCUCUCUAUCGUCCUUGUUAUUAUGAUGCAUUGGCUGACUAGAAUCGUAUCGUGGCUGAUUUGUAUUUUGGUGGUAGUGGCCAGUACAGCUUUGUGUGCCGUUCUUUGGUAUGCCUACUACAAUAUUAAACAUAAGACCGAUCUUAAAGUUCAUUAUUCAAUGUUGGAGGAGUUCAUAAGAAACGAACAAGCCGUCUUUGUUCUAGCUAUUCUCGCUACCAUAACCAUGGUUAUCUUGAUUGUCAUUGUUUACUUCUUGAAAAAUAAGCUUGCUGGUCUUGCCGCACUCUUCGAAGAAGCCGGAGUUUGUAUGCUAGAGUUGCCGGGUUUAAUGAUUGCUCCGUUGAUUGCCUUUGUUGUGUUGAUUGCAUUUUUAACGUUUUGGAUUUAUGUAGUGAUGUGUAUCGCAACUGCCAAUUCACCUGAAAGUAGAUUCUUGGAUCCAAAUGCUAAUGUUAUACAUCACAAUACAACGCUGUUGGGUGGAAAAAGCAACUCACAGGAUGACUAUAAAUCACUCAUGAAAAUUGAGUAUUUUGAAGCUAAAUGGAUUCGUAGCAUGUUCUGGGUGUACCUUAUUGGUCUCAUAUGGACAACUGAAUUUAUAUUCGCCUGUCAACAAUUUGCCUUAGCUGCAGCUGUUGCUUAUUGGUACUUCAGAAAGCCUACAAACUCACCAACAUGGUAUGCAAUUGGAAAACUAUUAAAGUACCAUUUGGGUACUGUGGCAAAGGGAUCAUUCGUCAUUACAAUUUUUAAGAUUCCAAGAUUGAUUUUAACUUAUCUCUAUGCAAAAUUGAAGAAGGGUGAAGAUAAGGGGUCAGAAUGUGCGGCUUGCUGUUUGAAGUGUUGUAUCUGUGGUUUUUGGCUUCUUGAAAAGUUCAUUCGCUUCUUGAAUCACAACGCUUAUACUGUCGUUGCAAUUGAGUCUAUUAAUUUCUGUCCAGCUGCAGGAAUUGCUUGGAAUGCAAUGGCAACAAAUGUCAUUCAAGUUGCAACCAUCAACAGUGUUGGAGACUUUGUAUUGUUUUUGGGCAAAUUGGUUGUGGCGGCUUUGACAUCCCUUAUCGCAAUUAUAAUGCUCAAAGAUCGUACUGACCUUAAUUUCUACAUUGCACCAGUUAUUAUUAUUGCAGUGUUUGCGUUCUUUAUCGCGCACAUUAUUUUAUCAUUAUUUGAGAUGGUUGUGGACACUUUAUUCCUGUGUGUUUGUGAGGAUAAAACAAUCAAUGGUCGCGGUGGUCGUUGGGCACAAGGUAAUCUUGCUAAACUAUUGGGUGAAGAACCCAUUGGACCAGAAGAAGCUCCUAUACAAGUUGUUGAAAUGACACCAAUUAAUAAGCAGCCAUUUAGCUCGAUAACUGCAGUUCCAAAUUUAUAGGAUCUCCUAGUUGCUUAAUUUUAUUUUAAUUUUGACUCAUCCCAGUUGGAAGCUCAGCAAUUAGUUUAUAUUGUAAUUCGCAUAAAGACGUGUUUUAUUUAUAGAAAAAUGGGCCAUAGAAAUAUCAUUUUCUUGCGGUGAACAUAAAGACCAGGAGCGGUUCGUACACUCAUUAAAAGAGAUUAAAGAUUUUCAACUAACCGAAAACUAUUGAAUCUUAAAAUUUCAAUUGAAAACGUGAUGUUAUAUUAUUUUUCUACAACUUUCAAUGUUUCAUCGUGAAAAUUAAUAUUUUGUUAUACAUAUUUUUUUUUGUUUUUCCAACCUUCAGGAGGCUUUUUAUGCGAAUUAUCUUCUAAACAAAAUUGUAUAUCCCAUUUUUGGGUUGUCCAUCCAUUGUUCAACUGAUUUUUUUUACAAUCUUUUUUAUUAUUUACACUUAUUUUAAAGUAUGUAUCUUAAUGUUUAAGCACAAAGUAAUAAAAUACACGAAACGUACAAUAUUA